CCUCUCUAUAUAAAUUGCGUUUCGUCUUAAUUUAUCGGCUUCUCUUUCUCUCUCUGUCACUCGAAGCCUGUACCAAGCAUUUUAUCUUUAACGUCGAAACCCUAAUUCGCAACUGCUUCGGGUUUUGGGCGUAUUGCAUAGUUAGUCCAUGGCAGAGGAGGAAGUUGCAGCUGCCUCGGUCAGUCCUGCAUCGUUGGAUCAUAAACGGAAGCUCGAAGAGCUGGAACCCGAAGCUCCGGAACAGGCCGAGCUGAACUCCGACGAACAGGCCAAUUCAAAUGCCGAGCACGACGCACCUGAUGGCGAGGCAUCCGAAGAAACGGAACUGAAGCGGCCGCGGCUUGAUGACAAACCUGAUGUUUCAGUUGUGGCAGUAAGUGAAAACGGGCACCUAGAAGAGAAGGUAGAUGAACCUGUGAAGGAUAUUGAAGAGGUGUCGGCCUUGGAAGGUGGCCUAGAGGAAACUCAACCUCAAUCGGAGGAAGGUACUCGAAAUGAAACUGAUAAGCAGCAUCCAUCUACGGACAGUCAUCAGCUGUCUGGUCAAAAUGCAAAUGGAGCUCAGGAAACCUCGAAAGAUGAAACUGAAGCACCCUCUUCAGAGGACCAGCAGCAGCAGGAGGGAGAGGAGGCUUCUGCUGAACCCCAUCAACUUACAUCUGUUGAUGAGCAACAACUUUCAUCUGAUAACGAAACAAUUACACGCAGAAUGGAGGUCCCUAAUAACAAGGUUGGGGUUCUUAUUGGAAAAGCUGGGGACACUAUAAGGUACCUUCAAUACAAUUCAGGAGCAAAAAUUCAGAUUACUAGAGAUGCGGAUGCUGAUCCAUAUGCUGCAACAAGGCCUGUGGAGGUCAUUGGUACUUUGGACAACAUAAACAAGGCUGAGAAGCUUAUCAAUGCGGUCAUUGCAGAGGCUGAUGCAGGGGGUUCUCCUUCCCUUGUGGCAAGAGGCCUUGCUAAUUCACAGGCCGCUUCAGCCCCAGAGCAAAUUCAGAUACAAGUUCCUAAUGAGAAGGUUGGUUUAAUCAUCGGCAGAGGAGGGGAGACCAUUAAAGGUCUCCAGACAAGAUCAGGAGCACGCAUCCAGUUGAUACCCCAACAUCUUCCAGAAGGUGAUGAGUCCAAGGAAAGAACUGUACGAGUGACUGGUGAUAAAAGGCAAAUUGAAAUUGCUAGAGAAAUGAUAAAGGAUGUCAUGAAUCAGACUGUGAGGCCAUCUUCUCUCUCAAGUGGUUUUAAUCAACAGGGCUAUCGGCCUCGUGGACCUCCUGGACCACAGUGGGGUCCUCGAGGUCAUAUGGCCCACCCAUCCUCGUUUGAUUAUCAGCAACGAGGGCCAUAUUCAUCUCACAACCCACAGUAUCCAACUCAAUAUGGUGGUUAUCCUCAACAAAUGGGUCCAAGAGGUGGUUUUAAUUCUGGCUGGGAGCAAAGGCCUCCCCCUGGCUUGCAGGGGCACGGGCAUAAUGGCGGUUAUGAUUACUACAGUGGACAAAAAGGCCAUUUAUCAGAUUCUGCACACACUGCUUCCAUUUCUCUACAUGCUCCUGGCCCAUCUCCAAAUGCUGCAAUCGGGCCACCUUUAUCACAAGCAAACUACAAUUAUGGACAGCCUCAGGGCCCAGAUUAUGGGCAACAGGCACCUUAUUCUCAGUCAGCACACUCCCAACAGAACUAUGGUCAUGGCUAUGACGAUCAUGCUCCAGCACAGCAUCCCUAUGGUAGUUCUCAGCCACUGUAUCCUCAAAGUGGUGCUCCAGCAGGUUAUGGUCAGCAACAGCAGUAUGGUAAACCAUCUUAUGGGGUGCAAUCCCAGGGUCCACCUCCCCAAUCUUAUGGUCCUCCUAGGCCUAGUCAGCCCGGUGAUGUGCCUUUUCAAGGUACAGCUUCUGCGCAAUCGUACGGUCAGAGUGUGCCACCUCAACAGCCAUAUCCAUAUGCUUCAAGUGGGCAGGCAUAUCCUGCUUACGGCUCUGCCCCUCCUGCUGCUGCUGAUGGGUACAGCCAGCCACCACCUGCGUCUGCCUCAGGCUAUCCACAGCAAGGAGGCCAACUGGCUGCAAGUUAUGGCCAGUCUGGUUCGCAGCAAACUGGCUAUGCACAGGUGGCUCCUACUGCAGCGUAUGGGCAGUACCCUUCUGCUCAGCAAGGUUAUCCUGAGCAGUCUGCUCCAAAUUCUGCUGGUUAUGGGUAUCAAGGUCACCAAGAUCCUGGAUAUGGGACUGCUGCACCUGCAUCAACUUAUGGCACACCAAAUGCACAAGGGGGUUAUGGUGCUCAACCUGCUCAGGCCCAGCAAGCUUAUGAUCAAUCAGUCCAACAGUCUGGUGCUUAUGGUGUCCAACCAAGCACUUCAGUUACUUAUGGUAAAACAGUAUCACCUCAGCCUGGUUAUGCUCAAUAUGAUUCGACUCAGAUGUAUGCAGCACCUCAUUAAUUAUAAAUGGUUUUAGUUCAUAUUCUGUCGAGUUAGGUUUGAGAUAAUUAAUCAAAUUUUAAACCAAUGUUUUGUUGUAGGUUUAUCUGACAAUUCACAAACCGACUCCUGCACUGUAAUGUUUGAAAUUAAUUAUGAAAAUUCAAGAUUAGCUUUUAUAAA